AUGUCUGGCCCCAGUCCCAGGGAGCGACGGAUCGGAAAGGAGUUGAUGGACAUUCGUAACGACAAGGACAACUCUGGAGUAUUUGCUCAGCCGCUCGACGAGGCCAACUUGUUGCAUCUCAAGGGAUCCUUUCCCGCACCACCCGAUACACCUUACGCCGGCGGCUUGUACGAAGUCGACAUUAAGAUUCCCGACAGCUACCCCUUCAAGUCUCCCACAAUCAAGUUCAUCACCAAGAUCUGGCACCCCAAUGUCAGCAGUCAAACUGGUGCCAUUUGUCUUGACACACUUGGCAGUGGCUGGUCUCCAGUGCAGACGAUAAAGACGGCACUGCUUUCCCUCCGCAUGCUGCUCGAGUUCCCGAACCCCAAGGACCCCCAAGACGCAGAGGUGGCCAAGAUGAUGCUGGAGAACCCCGAGGGUUUUGCGAAAAAAGCACACGAGUGGGCUGUUAAGCACGCUGGUGCACCGUCAAAGGAUUUUGACACAACAAAGUACAAGCAAGUUGCUUCCGAAGUAAAGGAAGAUGACGCAAAUAGGUAUGCUGGCUACAACAAGGAUCUUAUUGAUCGCUUUGUCGGCAUGGGAUUCGAGCUCGAUGCUGUCGUUGAGGCCUUUACCUUUAUUGGAAUCGACCGCAACGGUGGCAUGGACUAUGAGCUGGAGGAGGCGUACCUUGGCGACAUCACCGCCCACCUCCUCGGCGAGCAAUGA